AUGUGGAUGGCAAAAAGAAAUACUCAAAAGAAAAAACCACCAGAAAAAAGGAUUAUCCCUGUCAAACAUUACGUUCGCGAUAAACCGAUUUCUCCAUACAAAGGAUCAAACAGGUGCUACGAUUUAACUUGGCGGUAUCACAAGACCAGUAAAUUUAAUUAUGAUGAAGAAAGACAGCAAUUUUUUCAGUACAUGCAAUGUUCAGAGACAAAAACGUCAAUUAACUGCAACGGAACUGCACGACUUUUUGGGAAAGGGACCUUGGAGGAACCAUUUGAUCUUGUCCUAAAUAAGCCCCACAACAAUGACUGUAAAGAAAAAUAUUCGGAAGGCCUCAUGACUGAUGAUUUGUGCACUAGAUCGCAUUCCGCUGUCGGAAAUCAUAGUGAAUUAUUUCGAAACUUGCGAACAGGCCAUCCUGAGGCAUUGGCGAAUACAUCGUUCGUGAAUAAACAAAGCACUAUGCGGCGACAUAGCAGCCAGGACUAUGAGCCAAUUAAGAACGAUUUUGGCUUAUUUGCAUUCUAUUUAAACGGCGAGUCGUGGCAGAAACGCAUGACGUUUAAUUUAAAAGUUGACGGAGAUGAGAUGGACUCGAAAAUUGACAAGUCUUUUAAAUUCAAUGUCUUUGAAGUAGAGGAUGCUUCGAAAGACAUAGCGGUGGUCCUCAUUCCGAAUGAUUUCAUACCAGAGUUAUUGUUGGCGACGUAUGCAUUUACUGAUGCCACGUAUCAAACGGUGCCACAGAUUGUGGGGGCGUAUCAGGUUUUGACAUUGCUGGUGGAAAUUAAGAGUAAGGUUGUCCCCAUCAUGUACUCGGUCAUGUCACGAAAAGCUGGUGUGCAAUACGACGUUGUGUUUGAGACCAUGAAAAACAACGGUUUACAACUGUUCGAACAUUUGCAAACCGUUGUAACGGAUUUUGAACCAGCCGAACGCAACGCAGUGCGGGAGGUGCUGAACCUGAACACUCAAGGUUGCCGAUUCCACAGCAGCAAGGUUUAA